UUGCGGCUCUUGUCUUUCCGCGCGUACAAGCACAACAUCACAAUCGUUCGGUAACAUCGAUUGUAUCGUGCAGCAUACAACAAUUAUUCACAGCGCUUAUUAUUAUUUGCAGUUUACAGUUGCAGUGUUUGCAGGACCAAACAAAAGCUCCUUUGUUUUGUUGUUUGAUUUGUUGAUACUCCUACCUGUUGAACGGAACAGUAUUUUCUUGAGCUUGAAAGUAGUUCAUGUACAUAUCCUUAUUACAAAUCUUACUUUGAAGACAACUCCAUCCACACUCUCACUUCUUUCCAACGAUAAUGAAAUCCAGCCUCCCAUGGGUGGAUGUUUUUGAUUUGCGGUAAUGUUUGUGUCUUCCAAUUAAGAAGAUGGACCAAGAUGUUGAUAUCUUAUAUUGAUGCAAGACCCAGCGCAGACUUCAGAACCAUGGCAGCAUCCAUAUCCUCAGACUCUUGUGAAAUUUCUCUACAUGCAACAACUGGCUCGUCAAGUAGUAUGGACUUUUUGAGGAAUGCAGACACUUCAAACAAUAUUCCAUUUAGUGAUAUGCUUGACUAUGAUGGGUGUGGAUAUAGUUUAUCAACGAAAGUCUCUCCUAAGUACGGAAAUGAACAAAUGCAAAGUUAUGUUUCUAUCAUACCAGGCAAAUAUGAUUUAAAUACAAGUGUACCUGAAAACUACUUCAAUCUUGAAAAAUCUGUAUUAAUCAAUGGAAACCAGUCAAUUGAGACAAGUGGAACUCUAUGUUCUGAAGCUCAAGAUGUAAGCAAUUUCUCUACAGUUAUGGGACAUCAUUUUCAAGAGAAUUAUAAUGACCAUAGCAGCAAUAAUCAUUGUGAAGAUAAUAAUUAUCAGCUUGCUGAGCUGACUUCCAAACAAUCAAACUUCAGUGGAACUGAUGGGUCUCCUGAGACAUUCCUUGAAGUAACAGAUGGAGGAAGAGUAGUUGCAGUAUGUCCUGUGAUAAUUAGUAGGAAUAAUGAAUUUUACUGCUCUGAAUGCAAAAGUACAUUCCCUGAUAGAUUCUCAGUCAUCUCUCAUUUAAUGAGUCAUGUAGAAAUCAAGCUAUUCCGGUGUAUUGCUUGCGAUUUACUCUCAUCCUCAGAGGCUGAAGCUAGACUUCAUUUUGAAUCACACAUUUCUGGAGGAGUUAUGCCUGGAUUUAUCAACAAAAUAAAUCUGAAUAGUAAUAAAAAAGAACAUAAUUUUAGCAAAGCUGAAGUACACAGCACAGUUAAGAAUUCAAGCAUCAAAAGUGGAAAGCGUGAACGCAAAUGGAUUUGCAAGAUUUGUCAGAAAGCAUUCUGCAGUUCAAAAGCUCUUCAUGAACAUGAUGUUGUCCAUACUGGGGCUCGUGAUUUUCCCUGCAAUAUUUGUGGUAAAGCUUUUGGAACAGCUGCAAAUAUGCGCAUUCAUCUUGCAACACAUUCAGAUCAGCGACCAUAUGUUUGUCUGACAUGCAAUGCUUCUUUUCGCCAGAAGGAUAGCCUUAAGGUACACAUCCGGAAACAUACUGGUGAACGACCCUUUGUUUGCAGUGUAUGCAAAAUGGCCUUUGACCGCAGCUUUACCUUGAAGAACCAUAUGAUGAAGCAUGCAGAGAAAUCUUUUGUUUGCUCUGUUUGUGGGAAAUCUUUUUCCACUAGGGGUGGUUUAUUUAAUCAUGAAAGGCUGCACUUUAAGGAUCCCACUUUGCCUAAGAAGGAACGUCAGCCUCGUGCUAAAUCAGGAACUGGUGAUUGGAUCUGUGAUGAAUGUGGCAAGAUAUAUUCCUCUCGCAGUAAUCUUAAAAUACACAAGAAAACUCAUGAACAAAUUCAAGUCUGCCAUGUCUGUCCUGUGUGUUCCCAAUCAUAUAAAAGCAGGGACAGUAUGGAGGUCCAUAUGAGGAGGCACACUGAAGAACGACCGUAUAAAUGCACUAUGUGCUCCAGGUCGUUUUUUAGAAACUAUACUCUCAAAAUUCACAUUCUGACCCAUACAGGAGAGAAACCACAAAAAUGUCCCAUAGAAGGUUGCAGUAAGUCUUUUGCACAAAGAUCAAGUCUAUCUUUUCAUGUUAAAAAUCACAAAAGAAAGGAGGAACGCAGUUUGAACCCAGGUAAUGGUAAACGUCCCUAUAGAAAACGUCAGGCUGCUGUAGAUGCAGCUAAUGGCAACGUCAGUGUAAACAGUAUCACGAAUAUAAAAGACUAUGAAAGUUCCGACGUGCCCAAAAUUGGAGGAACGGAGGCUUUGAAAUUUGGUCCAGAGGCUUUAAUGUCACAAAAUAUUGCAGAAAACAUUGUUGAUCCUGGUGUGCAGUCAAUGCUCGAUGAUAUCUCCAAUAACAUAUCCCACCAGAUUGAAUUACCUUCUGUCUGGGGUGAUAAUGAAGGUGUAUCCAUGUUAGGUGUUGUUAAUGGGCUUCAUCACACUUCACAACAUAUGUCUCUUAAUGACCAAUCAAUAGUUACGGAUCUCCAACAGCAGCACUGCCAGCAGACAAGCCUUAUGCAAUAUGUGUCAUCUGAAACACUACCGAUGUUGGUUGGUGUUCCUGAUACCAUGAUAUACCAUCAUGACAGUGUUCACAAAAUGGUAUCAGGGCAGCCACCUCAUUUGCCAUAGAAAUUAAUUUCAUGUUGACUGUUUUUAAAUUAGCUGUAAGUGUUUCAUGAAGUACUAAGCAAUCAGAAUUAAUGCAAGGUAAAUUUUAAAAUGGAGCAAUAUUAGACUAUUAUUUUAAGUACCAUCCAGCUAUUUCUUUCUAGAAUUCAAUUUUUAUUUAAUUUUGUGCAUUCCAUUCAGUGUAAUCUUUUUGGAUACAUUGGCUAUUUAGUGCCUAUUGAUUAUUAUUGGUUUUACAUGGCACCCAAUGGUAAUUUGUUAAGUUUGAAAUUGGAAGUAUGAAGUAUGUAAAGCUCAAAUCUAUUUUGAAGUUAGUGAGUUUAAUCUUAAUUUUUUUAUUAUUCAACCAUUGUGUUAAGCGUGAGUUGUGAGAGGUUGAUAGGUAUUUUUUUUUUGCCAAGAAGUAUGAUGGAAUGUGAAGAUUUGUUUCAUUGGUGUUUUUGAUGUCAUUUUGUGGCUGUGAUUAUUUUCUUAGCUUUCUUUUUCUUGAGUUUCAAUCUUGUAGUAUUGUGAAUGAUGCAAUACGUCAAGAUUUUAGGGAGCAGUAAAGAAAUUUCCAAUUUCAUGCAAAUGGAAUUAAAAUGUAUUUUUAUGUACAUUCAACAAAUAAAUAAUGAUAAGAAUAAGGUAAAGAAAUAACCAACAUCUCUUCAGUGAGUACUCAUGAUAAGUUUUACAAUUAGGUUCAUUGGCAGUCUAAUUGUGCUGGGAGAGAUACAUCAGAAAUACAUCAUACAAGAGGGGUAACACAAGUUAUCAGAGUAACAUGUAUUCUUCAUCCUUAAGAUUUACUUUCCAGUGUGAACCUAAUUUUAAUUAUUGGGAGAGGGCUACUCAACUCAUUGUCCAUUGUUCAUCCCCCAGCUAGGAUGAAAACAAAAUCAUUACUGUACUUUGAGUUGUUUAAAUGUGUUUAUCUAUUA